UUAUUUUAAUAAUGGGAUGAGGAAGUCAAGUGUCUAACUCGGCGUACUCGUCUUCUACCGCAUUGUAAGCUCCGGCUGAGAACCUCUAUCGCAAAACCCUAUUGGUUCCCUGCUCCUCUCUGCGGUCGAACUCACGCUGCUCUAUCUCCCUCUCCGAUCCAGCACAUGGCAGCACUCCGUCGCUUGAGACCCGUCCCAGAUCCCUCCCUUCUUCCCUCCAAAGAGCAGCUCCAUUGACUCAGCAUCUCCUGCCAACCUCACUCCCCCAAAUCCUCCUUUCGCAGACGUCGGGAGCUCUUGGGCUCACCGGCAGUGCUUGUUCUCUUUAACAAGAAUAGGAUUGCUCCCCGCAGCUCUUUUCUUCCUCCGGUCCAGAAGGUCCCAGCAGCUCCCUUUACUUCUCGAGCUCAUCAAACUUGGUAGUUGCCUUAAGAUAUAGUGUAAGCAAGGGGAAUAGACCAUGGAAGAUUCUAAAGCACAAUUGUCUUCUGGAUAUGCUAUGGGACCACCUUGGUUAUUCAAAGGAAGUGCACUGUACCAAUUGCAUCUUGUUAAAGCAGAAGUUGCUCGCGCUUUCAUUCCGAAGGACUUUAAACUAGUUGAAGCAUUUGGCUAUACACUUGGAGGUUUCUUCCUUGCUUGCUAUGAUGAUAGUCCGGUGGGAAGGUUUGAUGAGCUAGUGGUGAUUGCAGGCAUUGUGUGGAACCCUCCAACUUCUUGUGCGUGGGCUGCUAGAGUGUUGGUUAGCAAGGAAGAAGCCUGUCGGCAUGGGUGCAAGGAAAUUGGUCUCCCAAGCCAUGUUGGAAUAUUCUCGAAGCAAAAGUCUGCAGAAGUUAGAGAGAAAUCCACAAGCAUGUACAGUAGUUUUCUGAACAUGAUUGGCAUUACCUCCAGCAGCAGGAAGGAGCAUACUGAAGUCAAAAUAUCAGAGGUUAAUGAUUCCAACAUAAUGUCCUUAUGCAGCAUUAGCAUUCCUUACCUUGAGCCAAAAUUGCUCGGUGACAACAAAUGGAUGGGUCCAAAAAUCAGAAUGUCACUUCCUAGUUUUAGCGGCCGAACCAUUCACAAUCCCCUUCUUCUAAAGUAUGCUUGUCAAAUAGAAUGCAGAAGGUCGGCGGUGGCGGACAAGCGGGCUGCAGGAGGACGAUGGGUGGCAAGCAGUAGGAUGCGGGCGGUGAUGGUAGCGAAAGUUUCAGGACCUGGCGCCAAUAAGUCUGAUGAUGAUGAUAAGCCUUGCGUUGAUCGUCUCAACAAUAAUACGUUGACAGAGAACAAAAACUGGAACCGAUGCAUUUCGAUUCUGUUGUCAAAACCUGUGUUGGCAUUGGAGUUCAAUUUUCUCAAAAUGAGAGUGAAUGCUCCAACCGUGGUAGCUUCUCCCCACCAGAUUAAUGUAGCAGAAAAUACAAGUAGUUGCUUCAGAAAUAGCUAGCCUCCUUUUAUGCGAGAGUUUUUAACGGUAUUACUCUUAACACUCUGAUAAAGUAUUUAAUGUGCAUGACUUCUUUCUAAUUCCAAAAUAUUAAAUUUAUCAUCCUGGAUUUUUUGAAAUGGAACAAUCAGUUAUUUAAUUUUGUGGCAUUUAAAUACAU